UAGUUUUGAUAUAAUAGUGCUGUUACAUACAGUAUACCUACUUAAAAUGGAUUAAAUCUGUCUGGACAGCUUGAGCAACUGCGGGUUAAAAUGAUAUAAUUUACCAAUCUAAAUGAUUCAAUCCAUCAUAAUAACAAAUCAUGCUCAGCCCUCCAUAUAUCUGAUAUUCGCUGUGAUUUUUUUCAGUGCUACUGUCCUGUUAAUACAUGUUCGUCCCCAACAACAGUCACUGCUUGAGGUCUUCUGUUGAAAAUGUUUCCGGUCCUGUCCCUCCUGCUCCCCGACAUGCAGCCUCUACAGCCGUGUGCUCGCUGCGUCUCCGCUCCGCAGUUCGAGGCUGACGUUGAUGAAGUGUGCCGCUAGUUUGAUUCACUUUUGUUAAGAUGGAGCCUCCGGACUUCGAAGCCACCAACUUCACCCUGGAGCCAGCGUCGUCCGCCUACCCGCUCUGUGAGGACUGGAGAGACGGCUCGGAGGGCUCCGUCUUUCACCUCGCCAACAUCUUCUUCUUCUUGGGAUUCAUGGGCGGCAGCGGCUUCUACGGACUCCUCUAUCUGUUCCCGCUCCUGACUCUGGGCUUCUUCUGCUUGUCCCUCUGGGCUUGGUCGGACCCCUGCAGCUCGGAGCCUUUCCUGUGGAGUCUCGCCCUCUCGGGGGUGUGUUUGGGACAAACCUUGCAUGUUGCCUACAGGCUGAGGAGCGUCUCACUCAACAAGGACUUUCAGGAGCUUUACAACUGCAUGUUUAAGAAACUCGGAGUAUCACUGACGCAUUUUUCGAUGAUAGUGGCCUCCAGUGACGGAGAAGUCCACACCAUAGAGAAGAACCAGUGCCUCGCCAUAGAGGGAAAAACCGCUAUCGACAAGCUGUCAGUGCUGCUGUCUGGCAGAAUCCGUGUGACAGUCAAUGGAGAGUUCCUGCAUUACAUCUACCCUUUCCAGUUUUUGGACUCACCUGAAUGGGACUCUCUCAGACCAUCAGAGGAGGGUGUAUUUCAGGUGACCCUGUGUGCUGAUAACCCAUGCCGAUAUGUGGCGUGGAGAAGGAAGAAACUGUACCUGCUUUUCGCUAAGCAUCGCUACAUAGCCAAGAUCUUUGCCUUGGUGGUGCGCAAUGACAUAGCAGAAAAGCUGUACUCACUCAGUGACAAGGCUUUGGACAGAUCUGGGCACCGCUAUGAUCUCCGCUUACCAAGUUACUGUCACAUGCCUGGACCGAAUUAGAAAAGACAUAUGACCUCCUGCAAGUACCAGUGUAGGGUGUAAGGUUUCCUAAACACACUCAUACACUCUCCCAGGCCUUAAACACCAAGGACUGACUCACUGCAUAUAGGAAUGAGUGUUGGUAAGUCAGGGCAAAAGAGCAUUAUCUAAAAUCCUUUCUAGUGUUGACAGAAUACAAUGUGUUUGGUCUGCUAUUCACUUAAAAUAAAAUAAUGGUUUAAAGGAAAUUUCUGUAUCACAGAAAGAAGAGUUGAACUCUCCUCACCUUACUAAAAGUGAAAAAGGAUCCAGCACUAAAUAGUAACAUAUCGUCUAAGCACUCUGACAGAGUAAAAAGCAAUAAUGCCAACUAGUUCGUUAGUCCCUAGUCAGUUUCUUAAUUUUAUUUUCUCUGGUUGAAAUUAUAUGCAAAAGCAGAACAUAAGCAACUCAGACCUUUACUGCUCCACAAAGAGCCAUCUGCAAAUGCCAUUCUGUCAUGCAGCAGUGAAAUAGAAUAUAAUGCUUUGACUGAAGAGCUGUUUUGUCUCUGAGCGUUCUGACCUGACUGCUGAGUUAAAUAGCUGUCCAAAUGUUGUGUGUACUUGCACUAUGCAUUUAAAGGAUAUAAAUCUUACGCAUUAUGGGGAGCCUCCUCUCUCUUGGACACAGAACGCCAGUCCCCAUAGUGUAAAUACUGUCAUUUUUAGGUGAAGACUCAGUUUAAUGUUGUUGUGAACCUUAGGGUUUGGUUUAGUCUUCAGAAAAUUUAUAUAAAUCAAUGUAAUGUACUUUGAAGUAAUGAAAACAACUGUGUCAAAAUGAUUUUAUGUUGAUGACACUUAAGAUCAUGCUGUUAGACUGACCCUGAGGGCAAAGGAUUAUAUUUAUGAACUUAAUAUUUAGAACACCAUUCAUUUUUACUUUAAGUGGUGAGUUAGCUGAAUGUAUCGUACCUAAUGAAUGUAGAAAGGAAAGUAAAUAUGUGGCUGUGAGUGUCUUAACCUUCUAAAACUGCAUGAUGUAGAGACUUAGUGUUAAUUUGAUAUAUUGUUGUGAAUAUUCUAUAUGUCUGUUUUACUUCAGAAAUAAAUUAUACUUUAUUUUACUGUGUAAAUGUGAUGCAUGAACAGUAGUGCAAAUAAUAUACAGAGUGGCUAUGUAGAAUACAGUAUACAGAAACUGACCAAGAAAUUAACAGCAAUUAAACACAUUUUCAGUCAUCGUCUGAGGAUUGCAUUCACCGGUUGCCAUGGAGAUAGGCCUAUCUCAGUACAUGGGCCUUGAGUUAAGUUUAUUUUAUCAAAAUAACAUAUAAGAAAUGAGUCAUUGCAUCAAUGGUCCAUUAAAUUGAAACACAACAACAAAACUGUAAAAGAGUUAGCCCUUAAAAAGUGUUAAUUUGACAAUAUAAAUACUAAAAAUGUGCAAUUUUUCUGUUAGCUCUCAGACAAGCAUUCUGUUUAAAAUAAAUCUCAACUUUGAAUUAUUUUGAUUGAUUAAAGAAUGCAAGGAAUAUGAAAGAG